CCGUUCAUGAGUUCCAGUCGGUGGGAGGUCAGCCUCUCGGCGAGAACGAUACGACGCACAUUGCUGUAUCGUUACUUUUCUUUUUCCCCUCUAUCGUUCUCGCGGCCUUCCUCCCACCGUCUUCCCGUCGCGGCUACCGUUUCCACUUCAGCCGUUCACGACGACUGCGAUCGCACCUGGAAAAUCGCGAGCGAUGCAAACAAUAUCGCGCCGGCUAGUCGCGUCUACGUUGUGUGAUGACAUUCGCCUGCGUCACGUCGGACGAUUUAAAGGACAGGUGCCCGAGGUGCUAAUCUGCGUUAAUGUCUAUGGAAAGUCAAGCGAUCAGUGAGUGUGCAUCUUUUCAGUGAUAGUAGUGUGUAUAGAUUAGUACGCCGGUUAAUGACAGCGUGUUAAACGAGGUAAAACUUGUUCGCAGAACCCGAAGUGUAACCCGCUCGCAACAGAGGAAUUCUAGAUAAGGCCCGGCCUCGAGAGCGCGCGUUAUUAUCGGAAUUACAAUAUUAACAUAUUAAAAGAGUCGUAGCUACGCUUCGUUUUGAACGUUUUGCAAUUUUUACAUUUCGCGCUAACACCUGCUAAUUGAUUUUUAACUUAUAAAAAUUUACCUUCACUUGGAUCAAUUAUACUUUCAUUGGAUUUAAUUAUCGAUGCGAAACGUAUAUAUCGAUACUCCGUCUGUUUGAUUACGAUAUUGGUGAUUAAGGGGAAAGCAUUUUAACGCUCUCUUUGGUGAAAAUAUAGCGGCAAGUUGUAUGAACUCACGUGCAAUUCUCCGUUAAACAGCUGCACACGUAUGACUAAGCUCACGUGUAAUCGGACCUGUCGGUGUAAACACAAUGCGGCCAUAAACGUCAUAAUCCUUCUCGAUACUCCUUUGUGUCGGAAAGUGCGCGUUUGUAAAGCAGAUUUAAAAAUAGAUUCCAAUAACCGAACGAUCCGCGCCAACGUGCCGCGAUGACAAUGCCGCAACGUUAAAUCGAUAUUCGAGGUGAACGAUUCAAUGUGACAAUCAAAGUCAACGCGAGUGCCGCGAAAUUAUGAAAACUUGCAUUACAAGUUCGGGAACGUAAAAAUCGUGAAUUACACCGAUAACAGUAACAUUAUAAAUAACGUUACAAAUAAUAACGUUUUAUUAAUUACAUUUAUACAUGUGUAAAUUAUUAAGUAUUUGAAUAACCCCAUAAAUAAUAAAAGUUAAAGAAGAGUUCUUCUUGAGAAACUCGAACAGAAGUCUUCAAGAUGUUUGACGUCGCAACGGAAUUGUUGAAUCACCCCUGUCUGCUGAUCGGGCUCGUCCUCGGUGGCUUGUACUUUUACUUCACGGCAACGUUCAAUUUUUGGGAAUGCCGUGGCGUACCGUUCAAAAAGCCGACCGUGCUCGUCGGCAACUUCGGUUCCUCGCUGCUGUUCCGCAAGUCGGUACCGGAAGGUAUCGAAGAGAUGUACCAAUGGUUCAAGAACGAAAGGUUCUUCGGUGUAUUUCGCGUAAGAUCACCCAUGUUGAUUUUGCGCGAUCCUGAUCUGGUGAAGAGCGUGUGCGUGAAGGAUUUCCCUUGCUUCACCAAUCGUGGGAUUCCGAUCAACAACUCUCAGGACCCGCUCUCCGGACACCUAUUCAAUCUCGAAGGACGCAAGUGGAAGGGCCUCAGGUCGAAAUUGACGCCCGCGUUCUCGUCCGGCAAACUCAAGCGAAUGUUUUACCUGCUGGUGGAGUGCGGCGAGGAACUGCAGAAGCUCAUCGACGCGAGCUGCAACGCGAAUCGAACGGUGCUCGAGGUACGGGAACUAGCGGCGAAAUUCACCAUCGACGUCAUCGGCAGCUGCGCCUUCGGCAUACAGAUAAAUGCGCUCACCGACGAGGAAUCCGAGUUUCACAGGGCGGCGAAGAGGCUCUCGAGGCCGAGCUACAAGGCCACUCUCUGGAGGAUGCUACGAACGGCGAUGCCGAGGCUGUACAGGUGGCUCGGCGUGCAGGUCAUCGACCCGAGUGUCACCAGAUUCUUCAAGAACGUGGUGUCGCAAAUGAUCAGCCGGAGAGAGAAGAACGGCACGAAGAGGCACGACUUCAUGGAUUUACUGAUCGAGCUGAAGAACAGGGGCGCGUUGGAGAACGAGGCCGGAAACGCGCAGAUCUACAGCGAGGAGGACGCUCAAGCGGCGAAGGAAAUCGAAUUAGACGAGAACACCAUCGCGGCGCAGGCGUUCGUUUUUUUCGCCGCCGGCUACGAAACAUCCUCCAACACAAUCGCGUUCUGCCUUCACGAGCUAGCAUUCAACCAGGAGAUCCAAGAACGGGCCAGACGAGAUAUCCGCGACGCCAUAGAGGCGCGAGGUGGAAAAUUAACUUACGAGGCGGUACAGGAAAUGAAAUACCUCGACAUGGUAAUAUCAGAGAUCCUCAGAAAGUAUCCACCGGCUCCGUUAUUCUCGCGAAAGUGCGAGUAUAAGUAUCAGAUACCGAGUAGCGAAGUCGAGCUACCGGCCGGCAUGCGGGUGGUCAUACCGAUUUACGGGCUUCAUCACGAUCCGAAUUAUUAUCCCGAUCCGGCGACGUUCGAUCCAGAGAGGUUCACGGAGGAGAAUAAGCGCACGAGGCAUCCUUACGCGUAUCUUCCAUUCGGAGAAGGGCCACGUAAUUGCAUAGGAAUGCGGUUCGCGUUGCUGCAGAUCAAGAUGGGGAUAAUAUCAUUCCUCAAGGAUCAUCGGGUCGAGAUCUGCGACAAGACGAUCGUGCCGAUCAAAUUUAGCAGACGGAGUCUCGUCACCGCGAGCGAGACCGGCUUUUGGCUUUCCGUCGUGCAAUCUUCCUAGAUCUGGAGAUUUUGUUUCGCUUGUAGAGACGAUACGAUGGAACACGUGUGUCGAGAACUCUUUUACGGUCGCAUUAGGGAUUUAUACGUGCGUAUAAAUAACAACCUUUAAUGCGGCGGAAAUCUAAUGAGAAAAGAAUUACAUGAGUUUUAGGAAAAUAUAGUCUUAUAUUAAACGCGAAAUAUAAAGGCGCUAUAAUAUAUAAAACUGAUUUAUAAAAUGACAUACAUAUUUACUUUAAUUGUAUAAAUGACCUAACGAUGUUAUUAAUUCUUUAUUUAUCUAUAUGUGAAAUCGUUUUUCGUCGUUUGAAAGAUAUUCCUCGUUAUUUCAGUACUGAUUAUAGACCACGAAAUCACACCUUACAGUGUGGGGUGUAUUUUAUUUUUAUAUCGGUAAAACAUACUUCUAUAACGUGCAAAUGCAUGAUCGCAAAUAAAAGUAUAAAUUGUUUAUGUGUAUCAGGCAUUUCUAUUUACAUGAAAUAAAUUUUACUUAUUAUGCAUAUGCUAUUAUUAAUAUUAAUGUAUUUUGGAAUAAUGAGUAAUAAACUAUACUCGGAAAUGUACUGUCCAAUUUCUCUUUUAUUGAGACAAAUACAUAUAAAGGA